AGUGCAAGCAAGCAUGUUGAUUUGAUUCAAGACUGAUGUUUAUAAGAGUCGUUCUUUCGUUUGGAUUGCACCGGAGUUUCAAGACCCAUGUGCCGGAGUGCUACUGGGGCUUGCCUUUGCAGCCAUUCUUGGCUCAUCGGUGAAUAUGCCCUCAGUUUGCUAAUGCUGUUGCGGCUACGUGCCUCAACAUCUUUUCAUAUCCUUGCCCUAUGCAUCAGGGGAUCCUUAACGGUUCGCACGGAAAAAUUCUUCAAGCUGCAGGUGGAGAUCAACGAGCCUGAAGAAGGCCCAUGCCAGACGGUCUGCGUCAAACCAUCUGCAACGUCAAGCGCACAAGGAGUUUAUCAGCUCCUUGUGAGUCCAGCUGUUUCACAGCUCUGGACACGUCUUGACCAUGCUCACUACGUGGUCAGCACCAACAAGGAGUGCAACGAAGGAGCGCAGGAGUUGUCGAAAAGCAUCUCCUCCAAUGCCACAGUGGUUCCGUGGGUGGAUGCCGAACAGCCAUUGACCCGAUCGUCCUUGCAAAUCUACGUGAACCCCGUCCUUGAAGCGCGGCUUCGCCAGCACAUGCAAGCCGCCUACCUUUGCGCAUGGCCCGAAGGAGGUGCGAGUGAAUGCGUUUGCGAGCUUCAGCGAAACGAGGCGAAUGGCUUGCACGUCGUCGAACGCUUGGCUUCAUUGCUGCCCGCGGCUGCCUUCGAACAGGUGAUGGCGAUGCAGCUGGGCAUGGAGCGCCGCUGCCCAGCGACUGCCAUCCUGGAUGCUCUCCAUAUCGCGCUGCUGCUUUUGGUGGUCGUGGUCUUGAUGACCGUGAUAGAAGCUUUAUGGGGCAUGAAGGCUGCUUCUCAAGGAGAGAUCAGCAACACACCAGAGUUGCCAGAGGAGUUGGCGAAACUGGUGCAACUGAAAACCUCGUGGGAGCACUUCAAAAUCGGCUUUGGUUGGAGUGCUGGGUUCGUGAGUUGCCUGAUGUCACUACAGACGGCUACUUUGGCAUCUAUCACCAAGUCUGAUGUCUCCGAGGUCAUGGUUUGGCUGGUGACUUUCUUUCCAUGCCUACUCGCAAUUUUGGCUUCGUUCAGACUUCUCAACCUUCUCUGCAAGAAGCAGCUGGCACACUUGUGCUUGAGACAGAAAGUGCAGCUGACCACACCGGGCGUAUCGAAAAGAAUAGACAGGAUUCUGGCCGUUGGGCUUGCAGUCUAUGCGCUCAUGGUGGUGGGAUGUGCUGCAACCGUCGGCUGGCGAGGAGUCCAGGUCGUUCUCGUGGCGCUCAUUGGCCCUACAUGGACUUUGGUGAAAGCUUUAUCAACAGCAACUGAGUUAGAGGAGCAGCUCAAGCAAAUCCAAGUUCAUUGCGAAACCCUGUGGAGUGGCACCAAGGUUCCAAAGGUCAAGCAAGUGACCUGGAAUGCCAUGAUCGCAGAGGCCCGUUCGGGGAAGGUCUUCUGGAAAGUGCUGGAGUCUUCCACAUCGGAGGAUGAAGAUCAAGAAGAUCAUGACUUCAACCUGCUGCGCGAUUUCACUUGGCACCGCCGAGCCGUUUGGAGAGACGCAUCAAAGUCUGGUUUCUUCAUCGUUCCUGGAUUUGCUGCAGUGAUCAGCGCCUUCCUAGGCGUCUCGUUGCUUCAAGGAAGCCUGUAUGGAUGCUCCGUGGGUCAGCUCUCCAACCUGCAGCUGGCGACCGACCUCCACUCUCUGCACUUCCAACCAUACCAGCGCAAGUACUCCGUGUUCAUGGACACAUCCUUCAACCAGGUCGCUGUGCUGGGCACUGCGAAGGUAUCCGCCACACGAUUCAUAUCCUUCCAGCAGCCGGAGAGCGCUGCCAGCAACGCCAGCGCGACAUCGAACACAACAGAGAAGUUGAACGAUGAGGGCGUCGGUCUUGAAGAAAUCCAACUCUCACAGGCCUUGGUACCCAGAAUCGCCACGGUCCGAGUGCAGGGUGUACGACCCUCGUUGGAUCCGACCGAGUUCGCCAUCCGCUUUUCGCCUCUUCGUACCUUGCCCUUCCUGGUGACCCUCACGGCAGACAGUUUCAGUGCCAAAGUUGCUUGGUCCACCUUGCCUGGAAGCAUCCUCAGCCUGCCGGAAGGCCUUGGAAGCUUUGAUAUGACAGUAACGUUGGUGGAUUUUCAUCUGGGCCUUCCAGUCUGCAACGAAUCGAAACUCGAGACCUUGCAAUGGACAGUCUUUGAACAGCGCCACGACAACGAAAGUUGUGAUUCCCGCUGCAACGACGAGCUCUACUGCUUGGCUUCCUUCCGGGGCCAUGGAGGAUGCUACUUUGCCUUCAACAACUACCAGAGUUUGGAGUCGGGCGGCUCGAUCUCGGAAGCCUCGCUCUCCGGCAGCUUGCGGCGGCUCAGUGGCUCGCUGUCCGGCUGCGUCCCAGACUGCGGCCAAGCCCUGAAAGCUGAGCAGCACAAGAUCCACUUCCGUGGAAUCCAUCCCGAUUGGCAGGGCAACUCUGGUCAGUUGACUUUUGC